ACAGCUCGAUGGCACUCACUAAAUUAAAUACGCAUAUCGGUCAUGUGAUUAAUAUAGCUUAAUACUGUUUGAAAUGGUUAUUUUUGCAUAUUGUAUUGCCCACGGUUUUAAAAAAUUAUUGGCACAGCAGAAUAGCAAGUAUGCUAUUUCGAAUUCAGCUUUAUGUCUGGGAAGGCAGCUAAGCCUGGAAGUGACGCAGCGAACGCUUGUGUUGAUGCACUAACCGGAAGCAACACAAAUAGAUAAAUGUACUGUAGGCCUAAACAUGAUAGACGGAGGCGAAUGCAUAUAGCAACUGCGUUUGCAGUAACUCAAAUACAGCUUCCUAUGGAAUUAUUUUUGAUUUUUAUAGUUUUGAUUUUAUUGUAGCGUUUUAGACGUUAUUUUACCUAUAUUAAACGUUGUGUUUUAUCUUUAUUGUUAUUGUUAUUGUUAUGAUGAAGAACGUGUGUGUGUGGUCGCUGGUUGCUGUAUGUGUGUUGUGUGCGUGUGUCGCGUAUAAACCGGUGAUCAUCGUUCACGGGCUUUUCGACAGCUCUGCUGACUUUAUCAACCUACACCGAUUCAUCAACCUGUCUCACCCAGGCAGUAAUGUGACUGUCCUAGACCUGUUUGACCGCAGUGCCAGCCUGCAGCCACUCUGGAAGCAAGUGCAGGGCUUCGCAGAAGCCAUUUAUCCCAUCAUGCAGAAUGCAGCUGAUGGCGUCCACCUCAUCUGCUACUCACAAGGUGGCCUUGUAUGCCGAGGAAUCCUGUCCACUCUUCCAGACCAUAAUGUGCACUCUUUCAUAUCUCUGUCUUCUCCGCAGGCGGGGCAGUAUGGAGACACAGACUAUCUGAAGUACCUCUUCCCCCAGUUUGUCAAAUCCAAUUUGUAUCAUGUAUGCUAUACUGCAGUGGGCCAGAAAAUAUCAAUCUGUAACUACUGGAAUGACCCUCAUCACAGAGACAUGUACAUCAACAGCAGUGACUAUCUGGCAUUACUGAACAAUGAAAGACCAAAUCCCAACUCUACUGCUUGGAAACAAAAUUUUCUGCGCAUUAAGAAGCUAGUGCUGAUUGGUGGUCCUGAUGAUGGGGUCAUCACACCUUGGCAAUCAAGUCAGUUUGGUUUCUAUGAUGAUAAUGAGACGGUCGUUGAGAUGAAAAACCAGAAAUCCCCUAAUCCCUGCCACUGAAAAACACCCUCACAGCAUGAUACUCCAGCACCGUGCUUCACUGUUUGGAUAGUAUUGCGCUGGUGAUAAGCGGUGUUUUUGAUGGACUUAUUUGGGCUGAAGACGCUGUAUGCUCGAGGGGAUCUGGCUCUUUGUUCGAUGGCAGGUGUUGCACAUGUCUUCUGGCACUCCAAUGAAACUGUGUAUAAAACCUGCAUUGAGAAAUGGCUUACGUAGAUACUGACACACACAAAGAACCAUACAUGAUCACUACAGAUCAUUCUCUAUUAUUAACUUGCACGCACAGUUUUAUACAUAUUGUUACAGUAUGCUAAUGCAUUGUAUCAGAACAUACAUUUCUGUUACUGUGCCCAUUGAAUGCCUCUACAGUGAGACACAAACUCAGUUUUGAUUAUAUGUUAAAAUAUACACGUAAAAAGGUAAACACUAAAUAUAAGGAAUAACCAUCAGUGCCUGAGGGAUACAUUUCUCAUUUUGCUAAAGGGUUUGGAUCUUAAUCACUAUUUUUCGAUGUGUGUAGAUAUUUUUUUUUUUUAAUUCCUCUUUUGAUUUAUGUAAUGUGUUUGAUGUGGCCUGUGCUGCUGCAGUAACGUUCAAGCCUUACAUUUAAUUCAUUGGACAUGUUUUGCUCUUUCUGCACAUUGUAAUGAGAAAGGAGAGAAUGAGUGGGAGUAAAAAAGGGAAUAAGUAAAGGGAAUAUGAAAGGAAACUCAUGGUAAUGCUGUUGCAUUUGCUGUAUAUAACGUUACCUCUCACUUCUUAUCCCUUGUUCACCAUAAAGGGAUUUGUCUCUGAAUAUUUAAUUCAUAUUAAAUGUCUGUGUUAGGAUAUUUUACUGUUAUUUCAUGCUUGAAGAUAACCUUGCUUUAACAAGGUGUUCUGUUCACAUAGUAUUCACUUAGAAUGAUUCAUUUUAGAAUGAUUACUAAAAGGGUUUGAUAUUUUUAAGCACAAUUUGAUUAUAAUGCAUUUAAAGGUGUGCUAUACAGAUGAGUACUGUACAAAACAUAUUUUGCCAUAUUUAUUGAUAUCAUAGCAGUGUUAUGUAUAUUUUUUAUGUUUUAGACUGUUUUAACUGUUUAAUUAAAUGCUUGCCAUUGGGCGUUAAUGGAUAGUUUAACAAAAGUAUAUUGUCUGAAGUAGAGAAGUCUUUACCAUUGAAGUACACUUUUCAGCUAAAACUGAUUUUGUUCAAUUUUUCACACUUGGCACCAUGAAGCAUCUGCAAAUGUAAAUUUUGUAAGUGAUUUAAGCUGCAUACCAGUGUGCUUUACUGUUUUUACUUGUUAACGUUCAGAAUAAAACUUUUUUUUUUUUUUUUGUCAACUGUUGUCAUUUUGAUGAAAGAUGCCCAUGCAGUUCUUAAUACAUUUUUUUAAAUAAGAGUGGUUUGUGACAUUGAAUGAAAUUUCAUGUGAAAAGAUUUCUAAGGUGUGACCCCCUAAUAAAUAUAACUUUGCUAUCUAA